GUAGGUCGUGACGUCACGGUACGGGACUUGUGGUGGAGAUGCAGUGAUGACUAUGUAGUGGGAUGAACCUUCAAACGGAUACGAGGCUUAAUCUACCAGUUCAGUUAUUGUUCAUUCUGUUUUGUGCCUUUUUAGAAGAAGGAAAUAUACGAGACUCCCAAAAGGUGCCUUUCCCAGAGCUGCAUGGAGAGUUUACAAAGUAUGUGGGGAGGGCAGAGGAUGCAGUUAUCGCCAUGUCCAGCUACCGCCUACAUGUCAAGUUCAAAGAGUCUAUAGUCAAUGUUCCUCUGCAGCUAUUAGAAAUUGUGGAAUGUCGGGACAUGUUCCAGCUUCAUAUCACAUGCAAGGAUUGCAAGGUCAUAAGGUGUAAGUUCUCCACAUUUGAACAGUGUCAGAAGUGGUUAAAGAGGCUUUCCUUAGUGACACAGCCUCCCUCUCACCUGGAGGAGCUUUUCUCUUUUGCUUUCCACGCCUGGUGUAUGGACUCUUACAGCAGUGAGAAGGAGCAGCCUUGCAGGCCGGGAGAUCAUGUUAUCUUUCAGUUUCACAGUGAAGUCAAACGAAUGGGCUUUGACACUCAGAAUGUGUGGAGGAUAUCAGAGAUCAAUGAUAAUUACAAACUGUGUUCCAGUUACCCGCAGCUAGUUGUUGUACCAGCCUGGAUCACUGAUAAAGAGCUGGAGAAUGUGGCAGCCUUUCGCUCCUGGAAAAGGUUUCCAGCUGUGGUCUACAGGCACCAGAGUACAGGAACAGUGAUAGCCCGCUGCAGCCAGCCAGAGGUGAGCUGGUGGGGCUGGAGGAAUGCAGAUGAUGAGCACCUGAUACAAUCUAUUGCCAGAGCAUGUUUCAUGGACAGCAGCUCAACCAAAACAUUCAGAAAUCGCUCAUACUUCUAUGACUACCAAAAUGAGCCUGGUCUCUCAGAUGUUGAAUUUAACUCCUCCAUGACAAACGGUUCAGAGGUGGAUUCCUUGGCCAUCCAACCUCAUAAGCUCCUGAUUUUGGAUGCCAGGUCUUAUGCUGCUGCAGUGGCCAACAGAGCCAAAGGAGGAGGCUGUGAGUGUCCAGAAUACUACCCUAACUGUGAAGUGCUCUUCAUGGGCAUGGCUAACAUCCAUACCAUUCGCAAGAGUUUCCAGUCUCUGCGAUUCCUUUGUGCUCAGAUGCCUGACCCAGCCAACUGGCUGUCUGCUCUGGAGAGCACUAAGUGGCUGCAGCACUUGUCUCUUCUUCUGAAGGCCGCUCUGUUAGUGGUGAACGCUGUGGAUCGUGACCACAGACCCGUGUUGGUGCAUUGCUCAGACGGCUGGGAUCGUACACCACAGAUAGUGGCACUGUCCAAACUCCUGUUGGAUCCUUACUAUCGCACAAUAGAGGGUUUUCAAGUCUUGGUAGAGAUGGAAUGGCUUGACUUUGGUCAUAAGUUUGCUGACCGCUGCGGACAUGGAGAGAAUGCAGAGGAUCUGAAUGAGCGAUGUCCAGUGUUCCUGCAAUGGCUGGACUGUGUGCACCAGCUCCAGAGACAGUUCCCCUGCUCAUUUGAGUUCAAUGAGGCCUUUUUGGUGAAGCUGGUGCAGCACACAUACUCGUGUUUGUUUGGCACGUUCCUGUGUAACAGUAAGAAGGAAAGAGAAGACCAACACAUCCAAGAGAGAACUUGUUCUGUGUGGUCUCUGCUACACCCAGCUAACUGCUCCUUCAAAAACAUGCUCUAUUCAUCACAGUCAGAGAUGGUUUUGUAUCCUGUGUACCAUGUGCGUAACCUGAUGCUGUGGAGUGCAGUUUACCUGCCUAGCUCAUCUCCCACAACACCCUACAAUGAAUCAUGUGUUUCCUACCAUCUGUCUGGUGCCAACCCUGAAGACCAGCCUCUAGUCAGGCAUCCCAAAACCCGAUCUUUUGAUAACUUGCCCAGUGCAUGUGAAGCUGGAAAUUCUCUGCUGUUUAACAGACGUUCCAGCGACACCAGUCUGAAUGAGAAGUGGCAAGAGCAUUGCAGAUCACUGGAACGCAACAUAAAGACAGGACCUGAUGGCACCAUGCUGCAGGACACAGAGGAAUGGCCGAAUGGCCAGUUGGUGGCUGGACUUAAUAUAGCUACAUUGGAUAGGGGGACAGAGAAGUCUUCUCAAGAUGUCAACUGUAUAAGGUUGCCAUUAGGGGAGGGAGUGGAGGCUGAGCUUUCAGUGGACAUGGCAAUGGGACAGAUAGAAAAUGUUUUGCAAGAGGCUGCUGCAGACAGCCUCAGAGAUGCUAAAGCAGAGCAUGUUAACAAUCAUGUUAUUUCCAGUGAUACUGAGAAUCAAUACAUCACUGAUACUGAUUUGACUGUGGUUGAGAAAAAUGGUGUUUCCAGUGGCUUUGAGGUGCCUAAAGGUGAUUAUGCUGAAGAUGACAAUGUUGAAAGUCCAAAUGAGACAAAAUUCAGUGAUGUUCAGUGUCAACCUUCUGAGGUGAUUGAGAAAUCAUGUGAUUCCGUGGUUCAGUCACUUCAUGCCUUAGAUAAAGCCACUGAGAACAAGGAAUCAGUCCAGAUCCUGGAAGAUGUUUUAAACGAAUGCACAGCAAAUGAGGCCCGAAAUCUUCAUAGCAGUUUUAGUCUUACUUGCGCUCUACCCACUGACAUCAACAAUUUCAGAAAUGGCUAUGGAGAAGAGUUUAAUAACGAGCAACAAGUUCUCUGUCCGGUUCCAGAAACUACCAGGCCUGUUACAGAGGUGGCUGAGAAAUUUCUUUCUGUCUUGGAAAGCUCUACAGAAACCCUCACUGAAGAUUUGGGCAUCCAAUCAGACUCUCUUGUACCCAUUUCUGCACAGCCUAAAACCGAACCCACAUGCCCAGAGUCAGAUAUUGAGCCAGAAAGUACUUCCAGAAUGCUAAAUGGAACCAGCAAGCACCCAUCCCUCGGUGGCCUACCUCUUUCUUUCACUUCUGCUAAACGCCUCCACUCCAUGUGUAAUGGUGAUACCUCUGAACCCAUCAGCAGCUCCUCUGCUCAAGGCUGCAUGCAUUCAGGCCCCAGCCAUCUUGAUGAUGAUGGCCUCACCCUGCACACAGAUGUCAUGCAGCAGCGCCUGUGCCAGAUAGAGGCUGGUCACCAGCUUGAAGUUGAGACACUCAAAAGGCAGGUGCAAGAGCUGUGGAGCCAGCUGCAGAGCCGGCAUCCCACCACAACCCAGCGCUGCCUCAGUGGUGACCUAGGAGAUGAAAUGACCUCAUUUGCAGAUUCUGACAUUAACCUGGACCCAAACUGUCUGUCACACUGCAGCACAGAACUCUUCUCAGAGAUCAACUGGGAGCAAGUGGACCGACAAGACACUGAGAUGACCCGGUGGUAUCCUGAUCAUCUGGCUGCACAGUGUUAUGGCUGUGAGAGAGGAUUUUGGCUGGUCACUAGGAAGCACCAUUGCAGGAACUGUGGUAAUGUGUUUUGUGCCAGCUGCUGUGAUCAGAACAUUCCUGUGCCAAGUCAGCAUUUGUUUGAACCAAGCCGUGUGUGUAAGACAUGCUACAACAGCCUGCGGUCCUCUCCUCCUCCUCUGGAUCUAGAGUUUGACAAAUCCAUCACGGCCAGCUCCAACUAAGCACUUCCCAGCACAUUGCCUGGACAUGUACAGCAGCUACAGUUUCUGAACACUUGUUUUUUGGUAUAGCAGGAAGAAACUGUAAUUUCCUUACCUUUUUUUGUGCAUCUUCUUCAUCGGAAGAGGAAAUAGGUCUGUUUAUGGAGUGAAAAGUGUCUUUAAGCAAGGUCUCUACGGAUUUUUCUAAGAAUAUUUAAAGCACUUUGGGUGGCACAUUCAUGUGCCUGACUGCUGGCUUGGAUAGCUGACACACACACAGAGGUUUAGUGAACAGCUAGACAUCUCUGAAGUCAGGGACUCUUGACUCUGGUUCUGCUGAAAUGGUGGUUUGUUUUGUGUUCCCUUUCCCUUGGGUAUAGAAAGUAAAUCCCCUCAGGCUUCACAGAGGGAUGUCUUGGGGUGGUCAGUUAAACUGAAAAAAUGAAGGUGUUUUAUUUGUGUAUUCAUCUUACAAACACAUGGUUUUCAGUGCUGAGAGAGUUUGCUGCUUUUUGAGUGAAACAAGGUUUGGUUCUAUUAUACCUAGCUUUGCUCUACCUGUUCAUUUAUUGCUGCUCUUUAUAAGUUAAAUGUUCUCAACUACCAGACACCUCUAUAGAUGCUUUUUGGUAGCUUUGCUCUACCUGUUCAUUUAUUGCUGCUCUUUAUAAAUUAAAUGUUCUCAACUACCAGACACCUCUAUAGAUGCUUUUUGGUGAGGUCUUUGACCAAAUAUUUUUAGCCUUCCUGGUGUUUAUAUACAGUUCUGUUCCUUAAUUAGAAUUUUAACAUAUUUUGACGUUACACAUCAAUCCACUCCUGUUUGGUAGGUGAUUGUCACCAUGCAGACUGGAAAACUUAACCCUGAUUAUCUGUUUCAGUCCAGAUGUCCUUUUACAGCAGUUACUCAUUUUCUGCCAAGUAAUACCAGCUGAAGAGACGUGUAACAUGUGUGUACUUCUGUUAUGGACAUGUUUUAACAUUUAAAUACUUAUUUAAAUAAAGUGGUAAUACCGUUUACCUAAUUCUGGCAGCA